UGCAGUUAUCAGAAAAGCUAACGCGCAGUUUGUAAAGGCCAGUGACUAAUUCGCCUGCAAUAAAUUAUGAACUAUCUAGGCUGACCAGACGUACCGUUUUGAACGGGACAGUACCGGUUUUUCGAAUAGUUUUAACCGUCCCGUAUUUUUGCCAUUUUGUACCGUUUUCGGAUACUCGUUGAAAAAAUCUUUAAAAGAGCUUUGCAUUGAAAUCUCCCUAAAAAGAAAAUAAAUUUCCAAGCAACCAGAAUUUUUUUAAUAUUACUGAGUACGUUUUGUGCUUUCCUGACAGUACCGCACCACUGGUAGGACAUCACCUAUCGAGAACUGACGAAAAAGUUGCGAUUGAAAGUUGAGACCAUGAUAUGUGUUAGUCAAAAUCUUGAUCAUCAUGUGACAAAUUUCAGGAGCUCAUUGCAAAAAAUCACACUCUUCAGGAUUGGAAUGUUUCAGACACGAAAGUAAUAGCCGUCGUAUUAGUACCGGAAGGCAGCGUGCAUUUUCAGUCGGUAUGCCGAUAUCACCAAAGCUGGUUGUGCUCGGUUCUCUAGUAAGUUCCGUUAAUCACCGUGACUGUGCAAAUACAUACCAACUAUUUCGCACUAACAACUGUCCUUAUUUGGUGACUUCAACGAUCGAUUUAAGGGAAGCUAAGUGCACGAGUGCUACAGUUUGAGAGUUUAGUAGGACAAAUUUUGUGUAGUAAGCGAUGGAAGACGAAUGGAGUGUUUUGCGCCAAGUUUCGAAGCUGCUGGAAGAACAGCAUUUCUUUCACACCUCAAAUGAUCAACCGGUUGUAAAGUUUAAGUAUCCAGGAGAAUUGAAGGAUUUAAUUGAUUUCACGAUUGACAAUACGGAGCCACGCGACAAUAUCACUAUCGAGGAACUAAUCAGACAAGUGUUGUACUACUCCGUGAAGACGGGUCAUAGUAAUUUCCACAAUCAGCUAUUCGCUGGCGUUGAUCCGUACGGUCUAGUUGGCAGUUGGAUUACAGAAGCGGUGAACACAAGCCAAUACACAUUUGAGGUCGGGCCCGUGUUUACAUUGAUCGAGGAUGCCCUGAUAGAAAAGUGUCUACGAUUGUUCGGCUUCACCAAUGGCGAUGGACUACUAUCACCGGGAGGGUCCAUUUCCAACAUGUAUGGUAUGGUUGCUGCCAGAUACAGAGUACUACCGAACGUUAAGCGUACCGGACUUUCCAAUCAACCAGUGUUGGUGGCGUUCACCUCCGAGGAUGCCCACUACAGCUUCAAAAAAACUGUCCACUGGCUGGGCAUCGGUAUGGACAACCUUGUUUUAGUGGAAACCGACUCUCGUGGUAGAAUGAUCCCUGAAAAGUUAGAAGAAGCUAUCGAAUCUGUGUUGAAAUCAGGACGUCAGCCUUUCUUUGUAAAUACAACCGCUGGAACAACCGUACUUGGAGCAUUCGAUCCAUUCCAAGAGAUUGCCAACAUCUGCAAUAAGUAUAAACUUUGGAUGCACGUCGAUUCCUGUUUGGGUGGAACAGCUAUCCUGUCAACAAAGCAUAGCCACUUGCUAGAUGGGGUACAACGAGCCGACUCGAUAGCUUGGAAUCCACACAAAACACUUGGGGCUCCUCUGCAAUGCUCGAUCUUUUUAUUGAAACAUAAAGGCUUAUUGCAUCAGUGUAAUUCCGCUAAUGCGGACUAUCUAUUUCAGCAAGACAAGUUCUACGAUAUAUCAUACGAUACCGGCGAUAAAAGUGUGCAAUGCGGUAGAAAGGUGGAUGCCUUCAAAGUAUGGCUCAUGUUUAAAGCACGUGGUACAGCCGGUCUAGCCGAAUUAGUUGAUAAUGCAUUUGAAUGUGCUAACUACUUUGAAGAAGAAGUCAGGACAAGAUCAGGGUUCCGUCUGGUGAUGGAGAAGUCCCAAUACACAAACAUAAGUUUUUGGUAUAUACCAUCCAAACUGCGAGUGGACGAAAGCUUAGAGGACACAGCUUGGUGGGCUCAAAUUUAUAAGAUUACAGCACUUAUCAAGGAGAAAAUGGUUAAACGUGGCUCAGUUCUAAUUGGCUACGUUCCAAUUCCCAAUAAAAACAUUGGUAACUUUUUCCGCAUGGUAGUCACAUGCCAUCCCAGACCAACCUACGAGUCCAUGCGGUAUGUGCUUGAUGAAAUUGCUUGUGUUGGUGAAAUGAUUUGAAAGGUUAUAUUUUAUGUAAGCACAUGUUUUCAAACAAUCAAUAUAACUUUUUAGUGUAAAAUGAUUGCUUAACUCCUUUGCUGACAUUUCACUGAUAAGUUUAUCUAUCUAUCAGUUUACUAUUUUAUAUACAAGUGUUUUUUCUACCGAUUACCACUAAUUAAAAAGUAGCUUUUGCUCCUUUCGUAAUAUUGAAAACGUUUACAGGACCACGCGAAUCGAAAAAGCGAUAAAUAACGAAUUUUGAAAAGUUUAGUUAUAUUUAUUGUUUAUUUUUAAAUAAAUAUAUGAAGCAAUGCAA